AUGUGUACAAAGGAUCUGGUAGUCAUUCAGAUUCAGAUAAUUCUGUGUAAAAACUCAAACAAUCGUCUUUGCAUGAAAAGAAUUCCGGUGAAAAAGCUCCUAUUCGUAUUCCAGUGCUGCAGGAAGCUGUCCUGCUUUGGUUUAACAAAUCCUAUACCGUAUAAUUUUACUGUACCAACUUUACGAAAAAAGUGCAUUAAUCGACCGUUCUCGAUUAAUUCAGACAGCGACGAUACUCUCCAGCUUGUCGAUGUCGCUCAAGAUAUACAUAAAACACCACCAGGAGAUCUUUCAAGAACGUUAAGAAGCGUUGAUAGAAGAGGAAAGGAAGGAAACCGACUACUUUGGCGAGAUAUUUAUGUCGAAACACUUCCACGGAAGUGCUGUUUGGGUUUCGGAAAACGCUCAAGUGUCGGAUCAAAAGUGAUUUUGAAUCAAGUCUCUGGGUACGCGGAGGGUGGACAAAUGACGUUUAUAAUGGGAGCCAGCGGCGCUGGAAAGUCAACGCUUUUAAAUGUUCUCACUCAGCGAAACGGUCGUGAUUUACGUGUAUUUGGCGAAGUAGCUAUUAAUAAGUAG